GUACGUAAUAUUGAACAGCAGCGGAGUGGGUAGCAUGCAGUUUGUCUCAGCGCUCUAAAGUUUGGAUUAAAGACUUCCCACGGGCUGCUCCGGGGUCAGAGAAACUGGAAAAUGCAGGAAGAUGACUGCUGCGCUGAGUCCGACCCUCACUGCCCUCUUGUCCUGGAGCGAGCAGAGAAAGACAAGUCCAAAAAUUUAAAAAGCAUUCUGUCCCAAUGCAUCAAAAAGCACUGCUCCUGCACUCCUCAGAAAGUUAAAUCCAAAGCCCUCGGCUUCGUUCCGAUCCUAUCAUGGCUGCCGCGUUACCAACUCAAAAACUGGAUAUUGGGUGAUUUCAUGUCUGGGUUGAUAGUUGGAAUACUGCUUGUCCCACAGUCUAUUGCCUAUUCUCUAUUGGCCAGUCAGGACCCUAUAUAUGGCCUGUACACUUCAUUCUUUGCCUCCAUAAUCUAUGCAAUUCUCGGCACGUCGAGGCACAUUUCUGUUGGGAUUUUUGGGGUCCUGUGUUUGCUGGUGGGACAGGUGGUAGAGAGGGAGUUAGCAUUGGCUGGAUACCCUCCAGAAAGCAGCAGUAGUAGUAUUGUAAAUAUAAGUAGUGAAUUGGCCUCAGAUCUAAGUACUAACAUAAGUGCAACAGGAGCAUGUGAUCGGAGCUGUUAUGCCAUCACUGUGGGAGCUACUGUUACCUUCACGGCUGGAGUUUAUCAGGUGCUGAUGGGAAUCCUCCAGGUGGGCUUCGUCUCAGUUUACCUGUCUUCCUCUCUACUGAGUGGGUUUGCCACAGGUGCCUCUCUCACCAUCCUCACGUCCCAGGUCAAAUACCUGCUCGGGCUCAAGAUCCCUCGCUCUCAGGGCUGGUUCACGCUCUUCAAAACCUGGGUGGCCAUUUUGUCUCACCUGGGCCAGACCAACCUGUGCGACCUGAUCACAAGUUUGGUUUGCCUCGCGGUGCUCAUCCCCACCAAAGAGAUCAACGACCGCUUCAAGAGCAAACUCAAGGCUCCAAUCCCGUUUGAGCUGUUUGUGGUCAUUAUUGCCACCAUCGCGUCUCACUUUGGACAUUUUAACUCCGAGUAUGGCUCGGGGGUGGCUGGAGACAUCCCCACAGGCUUCAUGCCUCCACAGCUCCCCCUCUGGUCACUCAUCCCUAACAUUGCAGUGGACGCCUUCUCCAUCGCUAUAGUUGGAUUCGCCAUCACCAUUUCUUUAUCGGAGAUGUUUGCCAAAAAACAUGGGUAUUCUGUUGAUGCCAAUCAGGAGAUGUAUGCUAUUGGAUUCUGCAAUAUCCUGCCGGCGUUUUUCCGCUGUUUCAUCACUAGUGCGGCACUAACCAAGACUUUGGUGAAGGAGUCGACAGGGUGUCAAACUCAGGUCUCUGGUCUGGUCUCUGCUCUGGUUCUGCUGCUAGUGCUUCUGGUCAUCUCCCCUCUGUUUUAUUCACUGCAAAAGUGCGUUUUGGCCGUCAUCAUUGUCGUGAACCUCCGUGGAGCUCUGCGUAAGUUUAUGGAUAUUCCCCGGAUGUGGCGCGUCAACCGUGUCGAUGCCUCCAUCUGGCUCAUCACCAUGGCAACUUCCGCAUUGGUCAACACCGAACUCGGGCUCCUGGUUGGUGUUCUGGUCUCUGCCUUCUGCGUUUUGGCCCGAACUCAACAAGCCCACGUCAAAGAAUUGGGACGUGCUUCUGACAGAGAACUUUAUGAAGAUUUGAAAGAGUAUCUCAACCUCCAAAAGCAAAAUGGCGUCGCUGUUUUUAGAUACAACUCGCCUAUUUACUACGCAAAUCAAAGUUUGUUCAAAAAAUCACUUUAUAAGUCUGUUGGGCUUGAUCCGGUGCGGGAAAAAGCAAAGGAUUUGAAAGAAAGCAAGAAAAAGCUAGCCGUUGAAGCAAAAAAUGUACAAAACAGCGAAAAUGGAAAAGCAGCAACUGUGAAUUUGAUGCUGGAAGAUAAAGCUAAACCAAAAAUCUCAUCUUUGGUGCUGGAUUGUAGCGGUGUGCUGUUUCUGGACACAGCUGGGGUAAACGUGUUAAAAGAAGUGCGUAAAGACUAUGCAGAUGUUGGGGUUAGCAUCGUGUUAGCGCAGUGCAAUACUUCCGUUCUAGAUGCUUUGGAAAGAGGAGAUUUCUUUCCCGAAAAUCAACCAAAUAAAAACGUUUUCUUCACCAUCGAUGACGCCGUCCACUUCGUCCAAAAGCUUCCAGUGUCCAGUGGGAGUAAUGAAAUCUAAGAACCCAUCCAAAUGCUAUACAAUAUGUUUACAAUGUUAUUUUGGCUUAAGUCUAGCCAUAAAGUUACAUGUUUAAAGCUGAACUGACCAAUUUGAUCCACAAGUGCUGCUACAACCAACUUUUCUAAACACCACAAUGACAAAAGAGCAACAUUUCAUCACAUUUGACUAGUAUUUUAUUAAUUAUUCUUAAAACUGUAUUGAAAUUAGGUCUGUCAUGAUAACAAAUUUUGAAAUUUGAUAUACACAAUAAACAAUGUACACAAUUAACAAUAGUAUUGAAACAUUGAAAAUAUUUCAAUAUUAUUAUUGAAAUUGAAAAUUUACACCCGAUGCAUAUUGACCCCCAGAAAAAUUCAUAUAUUUAACAAUAAGUCGUUAUAGUAAUUAUACCAGGCCUAACUGAACUGUGUAUAGCACAGUUUCUUGAUGUAAUAAAAAUGUGUCCAGUAUGGCGAUAGAACCACUUAACCCUGUGGUUUUCUGGUGCCUGACUGUGCUAAGUGACAUAUUCAAAUUCUAAUGUGUUUAUAUUACCAAGCAUCUUUACAUCACAAGUGAUGCUUUGAAAAAUUGAGUACUUCAGCUUUAACAAUACAAUCAUUAAGCUGUUACUUAAAGGAACUGAAUGUAACCUGCGCACAUUAACUAACGCAUGUGAUCAGUAAUAUUCUCUUUGUAUCUGGGGCCACAGACAGAAAGGUCAUGUUUAUGGAACUAAAAUCUUACAUACAGUUCCUUUAAAUUUGUCAACAUCUAUAUGCAUAAGCAUAUCUUGUAACCAAAACUACCUACUCACCAUUUUAUUUUAUUUUUGAAAAUUGGUAUAUGUUUAAUAGCACUUGCACAGUAUUUUACCAGUUUUUGUAUUUAUUUCAUGGGUCAUAUUGUUCAUGUUUGACUUGAGGUUGUCUAUGCAGUACAAGACACCAAAUGCUGUAUUAAGAUUAUGCAACAGGUUUCUUAUCAACAAGUCCUGCCUGUAAUCCAUUUAUCUCUAGUUAUUUUAUGAAUGAAUGGCUGUUAAACUGUUAUGUGGGCAAUACUUAAAGUAGUAUAAUUAUAAACUGUAGAAAAGAUUGUAGUAAUUAAAUGACUAUGUAGAGGUAAUGUUGUAGUGUAUUUAGGUCCAUUUCACAUGUACGAUUCUGACAUUUUGGUCAAGCCAAAAGCAUGGAUUAUGAAAAAAAUAUUAUUUCACUUAUUAAAACUGAAAACAUGUCGCAACAUUUUGACAUUCAGCCCUCAAAAUGAUGAAUAUGCAGAUUAAAUUGUGCAGUUAUUCAUGCUGCGUUUAACGGUUAAAGUUGCCCUGUGUAACUUUUGCAGUGGAGGGUUUGACACCCCCUUGUCUUCAUGUAUGGGACAUACAAGCCAAAGCAAUACCAGAGUAUGUCAGUAAACUUCAUUUCCAUGGAGACAAGCAGGUGGUGCCACCAGGCCAAGUCACAGGUCAGAUCUGUGAAGGGGCGAGCCUACUCAUUGUAAGAGUACAUGUUUUUCAUUGUAUUUUUAAGUAGCAGAACAAACAUAGUUAAAUAAUGGCUGGAUAGAUAAGGUUAAUGCCAUACUGUGGCAAAGCAAUAACAUACAUGCAGACCUGUUGUCAGAAAAAUUACACAGGACUCCUUUAGAUUUUGUGAAGUAGUUGGAUCAAUAUUGCUGGAUAAUGGACCUUGUAAAUAAUAUAAUAACAUUUGUGGCUUUACUUUUUGAAAAAUUCCCAUGAAAAUACCAUUUAAUUGUUGCACUGUCUCCUGCUUAUUCAGAUAGGGAGACGUAUACACAUUUUUCAAUCUGAAAACUUGACUUUUAAAUAUUUUCAGACCAAAAGCAACUUGUGAUGCUUCUGUAAUGAAAAUUACACUACCAGCCAUAUGUUUGGACAAAUCUUUUUCAUUUUUGUUGUUUUUUUAAUUUCAUGACUUUUUACAUUGUACAUUCUCACUGAAAGCAUCAGUAAUAAUAAUAAUAUAUCAGACUUGUGGGUUUUUUGGACACUCAAAGACAUAUUACAAACAAUAAGAAAAUGGUAGAUACAUAUGGAAUAUAGUAAACAAAAAACAACAUUUUCUUUGCAUACUUCCUGACAUCAUGCAUUGUAUAUUCAAUGUGUUCCGUACGUAUGUAAAAUGUAGAAAGUCGUAAAGCAGAAACACUGAAUGAGUGGGUGUGUCCAGACUUUUGACUGGUAGUGUACAUUGGCCCUCAUUCAUAUGCUUUCUGCUGACAUGUAUUGUUCUGUAUUUCCUCCAAAGCCUUACUUCUCAUAUUUGUGUCCACAGUGUAUGUUUACCAAAGGAGACGGUUUUAUCACCAACCAGGGCAAAGUUUGAACAAUCACUGAUCACUAAUUAUUUAUGCUUUGCGAAAUUACAUGACAUAAUUACACGUCAUAGUUUUCAAUAUGCUGGCUAAUAUAACCUUUUAGAAAAUACUGUUUUUUGUUUAAAGGUCCUAUAUUACGCAAAAAUGACUUGUCUGCUAGCUAUCUUAUAAUGUUCUUACCUCAUCAAAAUCAUGAGUUGUGCUUUGUUUCAUUUGCACACACCUUAGAGUCAUCCUUUAUUAUUAGUUUGUGAACAUCUCAAAAGCUCAAAAUGCUCUGUUCCACCUUAUGAUGUCAUGGAGUGGUAGUUUUCAAGAAAACCUCUAUUUUUUUUUUAACCUUUUGUUCAUUAGACAUUGGCAAGUCCAGGGCUGAAAUUAUCCAAAUGAUUCUAGUGAAGGUGUGUGGAGUUUAAAAACAGUGGGGCACUCCAUGUAUUACCAUGACAUCACAAAGUGGAACAGAGUGUUUACCGUUUGAGAACUCAGCCUAAAUAUUCUUAUAAGCCUGAGAACCGCAGCAUUAGAUUAUUGGUUGACAUGUUUAUAACCAUCUGAGACAGAACUGUUCAGACUUGCCCCAACUAUUUUAAAUACGUUAGCUCCACCUUAGUCACAUACUAGGGGCACAGAGGAAGUUUGAUGUUUAGGCGUGGCCCCAGAAAAUCUAAAAUACUGUUUGACCUUACAAGUACCGCCAGAUCUAAACCUGGUCUAUAACAGGACUAUUCCAGGUCUAAUCCGGGCUAAACCAGGUCUAAAAGUGGACUACAACAUUUCCACUGUAGUUGUAAAAAAAUAAAUUAUCCAAAGAAGGACAAAAAAGUGAACAAAGUGAACUCUAAAUUAGGCAACCUCACAAAUGAAAGAGUGCCACCCGAAGGAGUUCGUGUACCACAGUUUGAGAAACACUACAUUUAGUUAAAGAUUUAGUUUACAGUUAAAGAUGCCAUUGUAUGUUAAUUUGAUAUAUAUAUAUAUAUAUAUAUAUAUAUAUAUAUAUAUAUAUAUUUUUUUUUUUUUUUUUUUUUUUUUACCAGUAAAUGGCAGAUGUGAAACUUGUUCUCCCUCCCCUGGCCCCUCCCCUAGCCCCGCCUCCUCUCCUCACCUGGCCCCUCCCCUUAUCUAUUUUUUAUUUGAUACAUGAAAAACUUUUUUUGUGCAAUGUUUUUUUCUUUUCUGACACAUCAAAUGUGAAAAUAUUCAUUUUGAUCAGGGAACUCAAAAUACAUUUUUCUUUUGGAUGUUAUAUUUAAAUUAAUAUUUUUAUUUCAUUUUAUUUUUAAGUCAUUUUUAUCAAAUUAUGCCUUAAAUUCUCGUUACUACUCGUUCAAUUAAAAUAGCAACAUGUUUUAUACAUUAAAGAUGCACUGUAGAACUUUUCUGGUCGGGGGUUUGCUACCAACUCGUCUCCAUGGAAAAGUUGCUUUGUUACAGGUCAAAGAUUUGUAACUUUGCAGCACCUGUUUGUGUCCAUGGAGAUAAGAGUAGUAAGUUUAAUGCCAUACUGUGGAACAUACCAGGCCAAUACUUUUCAUUAUGGAGACGAGCAGGUGACUGACCUCCACUGUAGUGCAUACACUGUGCAUCUUUAAAUUGUGAGGGAAAAACAUGUUAUCAGGGAUACUUUUUGGUUAGAUCCAUUCUUAUAGUUUUUAAUUUUAAGUUUUAAAAUGAUAAUUAUAAUGUAUUUAUGUGUAAUGUCCACAACAGCUGGACACCGUUGUUCUUUAAAGUUGCAGUAAGAGAUUUGUGACAGUCUGAAUGUAAAAACUUCAGUGCCUUGUCCAAAAUAAAAGUAAUUUUGCAUACUG